GGAUUUGAUGACACAGCUGAAAAAGCUGACAGUGGAGACAGAGGAGAGGUUGGAGACAGUUAUCAACCUCAUCUUUGAGAGGGCCAUGUUGAGACCAAAGUCAACCGUGCUGUAUGCUAACAUGUGCCGCUGUCUCACAAAGGUAAGUUAUUCAUCUGUGACUGGGUGCAAAUUUUGUUCUUUUUCUUAUCGCUUAACUUUCAAAAUUGUGGCCGCGUUUUUGCACUUUCUGACCUUUAUUUGCUCCAGUUAAGAACUCAUUUUGAGUCUUAAAAUCUCAUGAGAAGAUUUAGGAAACAAAGCAGCACAGUUAAUUCUUUUUUUCAGUUUUUUCUGAUAAGCAUUUCUUUCCUGAAUGUGAGCCCUAACAAGGCUUCCUUGUGGUUUUCCUCUCUUCAGGUCAAAGUCCCAACCACAGCUAACUCAACAGUCAGUGUCAGCUUCCAAACUUUGCUCAUGAGACGCUGCCAGGCUGAGUUUCAACGAAACCACCUCAGGGAUGACGUUUUCGAGGAGAGGCAGAGACGGCUGGAAGCUGCCAAGAAUGAAGAAGAGCUGGAGCGACUAAAGGAAAAGCUGGAUGAUGCCAAAGCUUCUCGUCGCUCAGUCAAUAACAUCAAGUUUAUCGGGGAGCUCUUCAAGUCAAAGAUUUUAAGCGAGGCUGUCGUGCACAGCUGUAUUCAGAGACUUUUAAAGAACCGUAAUGAGGAGUCUCUGGAGUGCCUGUGCGAGCUCUUUGGCAUUAUAGGCAAGGAGCUGGAGGUGGCCACGGCAAAGCGGGUCUUGGACAUCAUCCAGGGUUUCCAUCGUGAUGAAGGACACAGUGGAUCUGAGACAGAGAAACUGGUUGCCUGAAAGUAGUGAGAUUGAUCAGACCUGUGUGAAAGUUAACAGCACAGACAGCUGCUCCUCAGCCCUGCAGCCAUCUGAUCCUUUAACAUCCUCGGGACAAACUGGCUGCAGAGUUCCUCAGACGAAGGAUGCAACCUCCAGCUCUGC